CUUACAUCAUGAAAAAAUUUCAAAUGACUGCUUUGACUGAUAAACCAGUACACAGCAAUUUACCGGACAACAUCAACAACCUUCACAUGAAAAGAAAAGAAGAGGUUUUUCAUAUGCUUAUGGAUGAAAUUGUUGCUGAUAUAUAUAUUCCAUUUAAAUCAGAGGAACCAAAGGAGAUCAACAUCUGUGUACAAGUUGCGGGCCAAAUUCUGCACGUACUUUCUGAAAUUGAUGAAGAAUAUGUUACAAUCCCAAUCGUCAUGAAUAACGCAUUAAUUCAUAUCAAGGUUCCACUGACUAAAGUGAAAGAAGGCUGCAAAGUGAGCAUAAAUGGAGUUGAGCUGAAGCUCAAAAGUGUCAUUGAAAACCAAGGACAACAAGAUGAUUUGUACAAUUAUGUUAACAAUUAUUUGCAGUGGUACUUUGUAAUUAUGCAACUGCAAGAUGCAAUUCAUGAAGGUGACAUUACCCGCACAAAUGUGGUUUUGAAAACAAUGACCCCAUUUUUCUAUUCCCAUUCUGUUUUGUCGAAGUACUUCACAGAGUGCAUAGACUACAUUCUCAAAACUGAAAUCAUCCUGCCUCCAAGUCUGUCGCUUCAAGUCCGUGCAGGUUCUUUUGUGAACAUUCAUGGUGGCAUGGGAAAAAACAAAGCGGCUGACAUGCACAAAGAAAAUGAAGUAAAGCUUCUAAAAGACCUUAUACGAGGCUUAGGUGCUAAUAAGACUGAAAAAUCUAUCAUUGCAAUGUCAAAGGCUGCACCUGUGAUAUCAAGCAUUGCCAAUAACUUUGAUACCAUGCUAUCAAUGAAAAAGAUUACUACAAAACACAAAAAAGGUCUUCCACAGAGGACAUUCAGGCAAUAAUCCAAAUUCUACAAAAGAAUUCUCCUUGGCAUGUAACACAUAGAAAUUUUUCUGCUUUUAAUGGCAUUGACAAAU